AUGGCGUCCCUGCAGCCCACCUACGGAGGAUGGUUGAUCAAAGCCACCAGGGAUUGGUAUUUCCUGGCCAUGGAGAAGGUACCUCAGAAAUACGGUCUCUCCAAGAACGCCCAGCAAUUACUGCAGUACUUGGACGAUGUCAAGGCGAAGAUGAUGGACGAGUACGAGCUUGGCCGGAUGGUCCGCAUGAGCAACGAAAACCGCAAGGCCAUCACCGACACCAUCCGCAAGGUUGCACUCCUGAUGCAGAAGCAGCCAAAGGAGCAGAAGAACUGUAUCAAGCUGAUUGAGAUGUGCACUGAGAUCUUGGACAUCGCUAACCGCCCUCCUCCUCCUGCAGCAUUCCCCUUCAUGAAGUUCCCCCGGGAAAUCCGAGCCCGCAUCCUCGACAUGAUCAUCGACCAGCAUGGUGACACUGAGAAGUUGCAGCCGGUCAAGUGGGGUACCUGCAACUGCGUCAACCCAGAGAGGGAGAAGUUCCCAGUGGUCUCCAAGGCUCAGAAGAAGACGUUCAAGCAGCUUGGCAUGUCAUUGGGUGACGAGUUCUAUGACGUCCUGUACAAGAAGAGAAACUGGUACUUCUCCUGCUGUUGCACUCUCAACAAGGCACUCCAAGGCAACACGAAGCUUCGGACGUACUUGCGCAACGCGCAUGUCCACUGGUGCGGCCCCAUGGCCAACAAGGCAUUCGAGAACCUGGCCAAAUGCCCCAGCCUGAGAAACCUUACCAUCAAGAUCUCCAAGGCGACGAUGACCAUUCUCAACACGCGCGAGGCUGGUUUGGCCAGCUUCUUCUCUCUGAACAAGCGGAGACUGAUGGACUGCCUCGGCGCCGACGAGCUCCUGCUUAUCCAUGGCCUCGAGGAGGUCCAUGUUGAGCAUGUCAGCUCGGUCCAGAAGGACAAGCUGAACGAGUACGACCGGCAGGGUCUGCUUUCGCUUCUGAAGGCCAAGUGCAAGGAUCGCUUCUGA